AAGCAGCGGUAAAAGUAAGCAGAGAAGUAGGGUUUUAAGUCCCUAUUCUCUCGCCCAAGCACGUACUGUAUUCUCUCGCCCCGCGCCAACUUCCUGCUAGCCAACUUCGCUUUCCUCCCUUGCCGUUGCAGACUCUUUCUCUACUUAGUUUCCCUGACGCCGUCGUCGCCAUAAUUUUCUCAGGUUUCUCUCUUUCUCUUCUCUUAUGCAUCUGUGGUUCCCUUAUUUAGUUGUUCAUUCCAGGAAAUCCCCAAGGUUUAUGACUCCAAAUCUGACUAUGGAUCAUCAGGAGGGUCAGAAGCUGGAUAACAUAAACACUUUGAAGACAAGCAAUGAGAAUUUUGUUGAGAGAGGAAACAAUAAUGUCUUGGACGAGAAUGAUGAUCAAGACAAGCAUAGUGAAAGUUCCCAAUCCCAUCAAGCCGUUGAUGAGAGUGAUUCAUCUGAAGAUGAGGUAGCUCCUCGAAAUACAAUUGGUGAUGUUCCAUUGGAGUGGUACAAGGAUGAAAAACAUAUUGGGUAUGACAAUGCUGGGAGAAAGAUAACAAAGAAAGAAAGACAAGAUAAACUGGAUUCCUUUCUUGCAAGUGCUGAUGAUUCAAAGAGUUGGCGCAAGAUUUAUGAUGAGUAUAAUGAUGAGGAAGUUGAGCUAACUAAAAAAGAGAUCAAACAGAUUGGCAGAUUGCUCAAAGGGAAGGCACCACAUGCUGAAUUUGAUCCUUAUGCGCCUUAUGUUGAUUGGUUUAAGUGGGAUGAUGCAAAACAUCCUUUAUCUAAUGCUCCUGAACCAAAGAGGAGGUUUAUUCCUUCAAAAUGGGAAAGCAAAAAGGUUGUUGAGUAUGUUAGGGCAAUUCGUAAAGGAUUAAUAAAGUUUGACCAACCAAAAGAAGAACCUCGUUUUUAUUCCCUCUGGGGUGAUGAUUCAAGCUCAGCAGAUAGGACCAAGCAUUUGGCUUACAUUCCUCCCCCAAAACCUAAACUGCCAGGUCACGAGGAAUCAUAUAAUCCUUCUUUAGAAUACAUACCAACACAAGAAGAGAUCACCUCUUACCAGAUGAUGUAUGAAGAAGAUCGCCCUAAGUUUAUACCUAAAAGGUUCACAUCCUUUAGAAGCAUCCCAGCAUAUGAGAAUGCUAUCAAGGACUCUUUUGAACGAUGCUUGGAUCUAUACUUGUGCCCUAGAGUGAGGAAGAAACGUAUUAAUAUUGACCCUGAAACCCUCAAGCCCAAGCUACCUAAUAAAAAGGAUCUUAGGCCUUAUCCAUUUGCAUGUUAUCUGGAGUAUAAAGGUCAUGAGGGUGCAGUUUUGUCAAUAUCAGUGGAACCUUCAGGACAAUGGAUUGCUUCUGGUUCCAAGGAUGGAACUGUGCGUGUUUGGGAGGUGGAGACUGGCAGAUGUCUUAGAGUUUGGGAGAUUGGUGAAGCAGUUCAGCAUGUUGCAUGGAAUCCUUUGCCAGCACGUCCUAUUCUGGCAGUUUCAGCGGGAGCUGAUGUUCUUAUUUUGAACACUGGAUUUGGGGAUGAGGAAGAAAAGAAAGAAAUUAAGAAACUUCUGCAUAUUGGAACACCAACCUCUACUGAUUCUGAUGAUAUGUCAUCUUACUUAAGCUGGCUUCAAGAUGAAAAGUAUGACUGCAUCAGGCUAAGGCAUUAUAGGACUGUAUCUUCAGUAGUAUGGCAUCGCAAAGGAGACUAUCUUUCUACUUUGAUGCCGGCAGGCGAAUCAAGAGCAGUUCUCAUACAUCAACUCUCUAAAAGGCUUACUCAACGACUCCCUUUUAAGCUCCAUGGCCUCCCAGUGUCAUUGGCUUUUCAUCCUACUCGAUCUAUCUUCUUUGUAGCAACAAAGAAGAAUGUUCGUGUGUAUGAUAUGUUGAAGCAAAAGCUAAUAAAAAAGCUUGAGACUCAACUGCGUGAAGUAUCUUCAAUUGCUGUUCAUCCUGCUGGUGAUAAUGUAAUUGUGGGGAGCAAAGAGGGAAAACUGCGUUGGUUUGAUAUGGAUCUGUCAUCAAAACCUUACCAAAACCUCGAUUGUCAUCGUAAAGACAUUACUAAUGUGGCAUUCCAUCGUUCAUACCCACUAUUUGCAUCAUGCUCGGAUGAUGGCACUGCCUAUGUCUUCCAUGGCAUGGUUUACGCAGAUCUCAACGAGAAUCCCCGGAUUGUACCGUUGGAAAUUCUGAGAGGGCAUACUAGUUCAGAUGGAAGAGGAGUACUGGACUGUACGUUCCAUCCAAGGCAGCCAUGGUUGUUCACUGCUGGUGCUGAUACAACAAUCAAGCUCUAUUGCCACUAGGAUUACCAUUUACCUGCAAUGCAAUGUGAGUAAACAUAAUGAGUUAAUUAGAGGUAGACCGGUCUCAUUGUGAUUAUGAACUCCUAUAAAACAUAUCGUAAUCUCCCAAUUUUCUUAUAUUUUGCUUAAUGUCUUAUGUUUGAUGCAAUUUUUAUUGAUGAGAAAGCGUCAUUUCUAUCUA